UUUUUAGAUGGCUGGAGUAGUAUCUCAAAAAGAGUAUUUGAAGAAGUAUCUUAAGUCAACUGACAAGAAGAAGAAAAAGAAGGCCCACAAAAAAAAUCCAAACAAGGCAAGCAGGUGUAUGAUUGUGGAUGAUGAUGUGAACUUGAGAGAUCUCAAACGUAUAAAUGAUGAUAGUGAUGAAUCAUAUACAGAUGAUCUUCCUCAAGUAGUUGCUCUGAUAGAUGAGCGCCCCAAAGAAAUAGUGCAGCUGGAGCAGUUCAAGAAUAGUGGGAAAUGGAAAGUGUUAUCAAGUGACAGUCCUUCAGAGAGUGAGAAUCCAUCACAUUCAAUGAAGUGCAAUGAAGUACACAAAUCUUGCCUCUCUGAUCCCAAGACUUACAUCAAGGAGAAGUAUCCUGAUUCCAACAUGCCUUCAUCUUAUGCCAAGAUCAGGAAGGGACAGGAAACACCAAAGAUGCAUGGCUCAGAUCAUGGCUUGUUACCAACACAGCAGAGGAGUCAGUUAUCUGGGGAGACUGGGAGUGCGAGAAAACAGGACUCAAAUGAAAGUGGAAUAAAAAAGAAUGAAAGAUCAUGGAGAACUGAGAAUCAAGAGGAGCCUGGUGGUGUUCUCCCUCCAAAUCAACCUGAGCCAAAUAGGACCAGCAGUCACAGAAAGCAGCAUGACCCUAACAGUCAUCCAUUUUCCUUGAAAAAGAUGGGAGGAGAUCUCCAGGCCAGAAAGUCUGACAGUGAUUGCUCCACCUCUUGUCCCCCUGACAGUGACCUCUCACCUCCUCGAUCCUCUGGCCCUCGUGGAAAAGAGUCCACAAAAACAAGAUUUGACUCCAAGAGUGACCUCUCACCCUCUGGACAGUCAGGAAAGGAGUCCUGGAAAAGAAGGCAUGAUUCUGACAGUGACCUCUCACCACCUCGAUCCUCUGGCCCUCAUGGAAAAGAGUCCACAAAAACAAGACUUGACUCCAAGAGUGACCUAUCACCCUCUGGACAGUCAGGAAGGGAGUCUAGGAAAAGAAGGCAUGAUUCUGACAGUGACCUCUCACCUCCUCGAUCCUCUGGCCCUCGUAGAAAAGAGUCCACAAAAACAAGAUUUGACUCCAAGAGUGACCUCUCACCCUCUGGACAGUCAGGAAAGGAGUCCAGGAAAAGAAGGCAUGAUUCUGACAGCGACCUCUCACCUCCUCGACCCUCUGGCUCUCAUGGAAAAAUGUCCACAAAAACGAGCCAUGACUCCAAGAGUGAUGAUGGUGGUGAUGGAAAUUCUCUUUUGAAGGGAGACAAACAUCUGUUGCCAUCCUUGGUAAGCUUGAACAAGGCACAGUCCAAGCCAUCCAAUAGAAGGGAGAAAUUUGAACCCAUGAAGAGUUCAGAUCCUGGAGCAGAGAGGCAAGCAGAAAGGAAAGUGAAUGCACACAGAUUGGAGAAGACUUUGGAAGGAAAAUCAGCUGGCCUACAGUCUGCUGAAGAUCUUGCAAGGGAGCUGGAAUCUUUUAAGAAAACAGAAACCAUGCGCUUCAGAGAGCUUAGUGACGAGGUCUCUGGGAGAACUGCCAAGACAGUGACAAGGAUGAAAAUGAAAACCAAGGAUGAGCAGGAAAAAGAGGCUCUUGAAGCACAGAAAAAAGCAGAAAGGGAGAAGAAGUAUAAGCAGUGGGGUCAAGGACUUGCACAAGAGGAGGCGAAGCAACAACAACUAGAAGAGAUGUUACAUGAGAUGUCAAAACCCAUGGCCCGUUAUGCAGAUGACCCUGAUUUGGAGGCUCAUUUGAGAGCACAGGAGAGAGCAGGGGAUCCAAUGCUAGCCUACAUUCGUAAAAAGAAGGCUCAGUCAAACUCUCAGGGAUCAGAGAAGCCACGUUAUCGUGGUCCAGAACCACCUCCUAAUCGAUUUGGGAUAUGGCCAGGCCAUCGGUGGGAUGGAGUUGAUCGAUCGAAUGGCUUUGAGAAACGUUUAUUUGAGACCCAAACAAAUCGCAAAGCAAGGGAAGAAGAGGCUUACAAGUGGAGCAUUGAAGACAUGUAAAAGUGCUUCGCUGUUGUCAAUCUUCAUUUACUGCAUUGAAAUGAAAACAGUUAAUGUUUUUUUUGUGAUGUGCUAGAAAUAAAUGUUACUUUCCAUAUGCACAUCUGUGAGAGUUCCAGUGGUAUGCCCAGGAAUUUUUGGAAGGUGGUGGCCCAGUUUUGAGAAAAGUGAUUGACCACUGGGGAGGAGUACUACUAGUGUACUACUAUACUGGCAUCUAGGGAUGAGCUGGGCACCCCCUGAAACCCUGUCAUUAAUGUUAUUGCUGCUGAAAUGAAAUGAAAAAUCCACCCAUCAACCCAAAUAUAGAAUUGCAAAUAAACGGCCACCAGAUAAAUGAAGAGUUCUGCUUUUAAUAAUAUUCUGGUUACCACAGGAGCACACCCAGAAAAUCCCAAUGGGGG